ACACGUACGAUUGAACUUGUGCGCUGUCCUGAAAUCAUGCACACGACUUAAAUUUGAAAAAGUGUUUUCCUUUUUUUGGUCGAAAUUUUAUUCUCAUGCAGAACAAAAUAAAAAUGCAAAGUGACGUAAUAUCAUUGCAAUUUAUUUGUAAACGAAAUGGACUCGAAUGUUCAUGUAUUGCAUAAUUCAACAAAUUAUUUCAUGCUGUGUGCACCAUUUUUCGUGCGGUGCGCAAAGAAAAACGUGCCGUGCUGAAAAACGUCGUUACGGCCGGCACUGUCAGCGCUGUGCGGUCUGCAAAAUCGAAGAAAACCGUGCAGAAACUCGAAGACGAAAACAGCUUCAGUUUCACUUUUUUCGGUUGAUGUGAAGCUGUUAAAAACGUGGAUUUUGGACCUAAUUUUGGAGCCCGUUUCCAUAAGCAUAGUCGUCAGGUUUAGGCCUACAGCAGAAAGUUGAAGGCUAAGCACUGCUGCAGACACUGUUAGAGUAGGAUUGGUUGGCCUGCCUACUCCUAACACAUGUAACAACUGACAUGACUGAAAAGUAUUUGGCCAAAAGUGGUCAUCACAGCUACAUGAUGUACAUGUGUGCUUACGACAUUUAGGCCUACUGGCAUGACUGUUUUCAACCAAGAGUGUCUAGGGACGGACCAGCCUAACCAUGGGGCGCUACACAGGGAAGAGCUGCCGUUUCAUGGUGAUGAUCUCACUGACCACCUCGUUCUUCCUAGUGGAGCUCAUCACUGGCUACGUCACCAACUCCUUGGCCCUGGUUUCCGACUCCUUCCAUAUGUUAUCUGACAUUAUUGCGCUGAUCAUUGGCUUUCUGGCAAUGAGAGUGUCAAAGAAAACUACACCCAAGAACACCUUUGGCUGGCAGCGCUCAGAGGUGCUGGGUGCCCUGGUUAAUGCUGUCUUCCUCAUGGCCCUGAGCUUCACCAUCUUUGUGGAGGCCAUCCAGCGCUUCAUCGUCAAGGAGGAGAUCGAGAAUCCCAUGCUUGUGCUGAUCGUAGGGGUUGUGGGGCUGGUGGUGAACGGGAUCGGCCUGUGCCUCUUCAGCACACACGGCAUGUCCCAUGGGCACAGUCACGGUGGAGGCAAAGCCAAAGGGCAUAGCCACAAGCCCAAGAAGAAGGACGAGCCUGAAUUCGAGCAGCUGGAUGAGCGGCUGUCAGACUCUGACCAACGGCUGGAGCAUGAAUCGACCAAUCAGGUGGCAGAUGUGAAGGUUGCAGUGGAGGAAGGGGCAGAUGCCGACACCACCUCAAAUGCAGCAGGCAAGUCAGCUGGUCACCUGAACAUGAGGGGCGUGUUCCUCCACGUGUUGGGGGAUGCCUUGGGCUCAGUUGUGGUCAUAGUCAGUGCCCUGAUCAUCUGGUUCACAGACUUUAGUUGGAAACACUACGUGGAUCCAGCCAUGAGUCUCAUCAUCGUCGCGAUUAUCACCAUCACCGCCAUUCCACUCUUGAAGCAGUCCAGUAUGAUCCUGCUACAGUCCAUCCCCACCGAUAUCGAUCUUAAACAAAUCGAAAGAGAACUUGUGCAAGAUGUUCAAGGCAUAGCAAAUGUGCACGAACUACAUGUCUGGCAGCUGUCUGGCAACAAGUACAUAGCCACUGCCCACAUCUUGUUCCACAGCAUGCACGAUUAUACCACUGUAGCCCAGCAGAUCAAGUCUUACCUGCAUGACCAAGGCAUCCACUCCACGACGAUACAGCCGGAAUUCAUCGAAGAUGACCCAGGUAAUGGUUUCUUAGACAACAGUGUGUGCAAGAUACUCUGUAAGCCUAACAGUAUAUGUGAUGCGCAGAAAUGCUGUGGAGAAAGGAAGUCGUCGACAAAGCGCAAGUCUGUGGACACCCCCUCAUCUCCCACGGAAAAGACCACAAUGAACUUCGGAUCCAAUCCCAUGGAUCAGGAUUUGUCAGUGUGACCCCAGUUUCCUCAACCUUUGGCCUUUGACCUGCAGCUUACAGCUUUCAUCAAAGAAAGGUCUCUCCACUGUAGCGGUACUCUUUGUGGUUUGUGACUUAAGAAGUUUUGUGAUUGGAAGUUAAGAGUGCCAUGCGUACUGUGCUGUACAUCCAACAAGUCAUUGUUUGGCACUGUUUAGGUCAUCCUAUGUGCAAGUGUCAACACGCUCACUACCCUUCCAGCAAACAGGGCGAUAGGCUUGUCCAGUUCCUUGGCAAACUGUAUGGAUGAUUCAUGGAAGAUUUGGCACGUUAAAUGUCACAGUCAUAAUCCCCAAACCAGUUCGUUGUUCAAAGUUGGAAAUAUUUGCAUAGACUUGUGUACAAAUGUCUUUUGAUCAAUAACCCUAAUCCCAGUGAACAAAUUCAAAAGCCACACUUUUUUGGCAAACUCACACUUGCUAACUUUCUCACAAGAAGUGACAAAUUUGUUCUUUUUCUCUGAGGAAAAACCUUAAUGAUAUUGUGUUGUCAAUAUGGCUGCCCUGUGACAUUGGUUUGUAAUAAUAGCAAAAGGUUUGCCUUCUCAUAAAGGGCACAAUUAGUGUAGUGUUUCCCGUCUCAAUUUUGCUUGAAUGCAAAUGCAUCUCAGAUGAGGUGCUCUUCACGGUCAGUCCAAUCAUACGCGAUAUGUCCCUGACUACAUUUCUGAAGUUUUACCAAGUAAAAAAUUUUGAUGUGUAAACCCUUGUGAAAGUAUUUGGAAAGCGCUUUCUGAUAAGGGAAAAUAUUUUCAACCAGCUGAAGCUUAAUUGAUAUAGACAGAUACCUAUACUAAAAGAAAUUAAAUUAAAAAUGGAAAGAUUUUAAAAUGCUUUCAUUUGCUUAUGAAGAAAUAAUAAGUUCAUAGGAUUAUGGACAAAUUACAGUAUGUACGUGUAUAUACAUAUCUUACCUAAUUGUGUGGUAAGUAGAACUCGUAGUUUUUAUUUUGGGUUCUCUAAUUUGUAUCUUUUGUGUUUCUUUGGGACAUAACAAUACUUCAAGAACACUUCUUUUUCUCUAACUUGGUCUAUUUUUGUGUUUCUUUCUGGCCUGACAAUACAAGAAAAUUCAGUUCUUUGCAUUUCACAGAUAUGACUGCAACAAAUGGUAACAGUGAAACUACAUAGUAGUACAUAUACAGCGUCCAGAUAGGGUACAUGGUCAUGUGCAUGACCGAUCAAUUUCCACAUAGAGAUGCUAAGGGAGUUUGUGUUCAGUCACCGAUGUGGUCCGUUUCAUUUGCAGCAUUGGUAAUGACUCCCCUAUGGUCAAGGGUAUUGCAUGAAAAUGAAGCUAGACGUGAGCACCAUGACACCUGCAGUACUUUCUCAACUUUGGCCAGGCUUUCCAUUUGGUGCCACCCCCCUAGUUGGGAUGGUACAGGUUUGCAUGGAAAGACGGAUCUACACUGUACCUCACCUUGACUUGAAACACAUUUAUCACCUAAGCUCAACCAUAAAAAAGUACCAAAUCAUUUUUUCUGCUUAAAGGGUUGCCAACCGGGAAGGGACAGUGAUGAAUUAAUAGUAGCCUAGGUGCACAUCUUACUUAAACACCUCUUUCCAGUACUUCUUCGGCGUUUAUUUUACAUAAGGAAAGUAGGAGUUAAGGGUGGAGCUAGGAGAGAACAGCACCUAAGCUACUCUAAAUUCAUUUCCCCCCUUCCAGGUGCUUGAGCACAUUUUUGCCGUUUAAACUACUGGACAGACAGUUUCCCUCUUCAGUAAUGCGCAAGGUGACCGUGUAUUAACAUUGGGUAAUGCCCACUGUGAUUUGAUAAUGCCCACUGUGAGUUUAUAAUGCCCACUGUGAGUUUAUAAUGCACAUUGUGAGUUUAUAAUGCCCACUGUGAGUUUAUAAUGUCCAUUGUGAGUUUAUAAUACCCACUGUGAGAAAACAUGCUGGCACUUGAAAAUGAGGUAAUUUAAUCCAUUCCUAUUGGUCAAGAGUCUGUGUGCAGUGCAGCAUGGAGAACUCGCCAUGCAGGCAUCAUAUAAGGAGAUUCGUCUGGACUACUUUGCACAAGGACUGUACCAUGAAAUAGACAAAUGUGUUCAGGAAAAUAAGUAGAAUUCUGAACAAAUCCCUCUGAAAUUUAUUGUAUAUUAACUUCUUUUGACUCGGACUAAUAGGGUUUUAAUAAAUAUUUGUAGGUGUAAAUAUGUGGUUGGUCAGUCUUAAACUGGCUGAAGAGAGUGACUGCUGAUUAUGUCCUCACCUGUGGCUCAGGGCAUUAGUUAAGUUCAUUAUCCCGAACCAGACACACAUUUAAGACUGGCCAAGCACAUAUACUAUUACAAGCGUAAUAUCCCUUAAACUCUUCAUUUAAGAUGCAUGUAGGCUACCAUUUUAAAGAUGUGAUUUGUUACAAAGGUUUAUAUUUUUGGACUAUUUUGCAUUGUAUUUAAAAAAUAUAUCCCCUAAGCUGUUACCAGGAAACAACAUUUUGAAACUUGUGCCCAGAUUUACUUUGUACCGUAAAAAAUGGGUUAGAGCGUUGGUACCUGUAAGUGACAUGGUGGCACUUUUCCAGCCAUGUCCAUCUCUUCUGAACACAAGUUUAAACUUUGCAUUUGAGUCAUUCCAUGAGGUUGGGGCACAAUUUGUGACGAUGUCAAUUGUUACAUGGGUUCCAUAAAAAUGAACGGCUAUUUCUUUGUAUGUUGAUUCCAAAUUGACAAUGUUGUACAUCUUGCAAGGCUUGCAAGGUGUGUGUUAUUUUUACAGAGUAAAUGACCUACUCUACAGGUCAUGUCUCAACAGGUCAUGACCGGUGGUAAAAGUUACCCACGUAACAAGGACACAAAUUGUGCCCCGACCUCAUGGAAUGACCCAUUCGUAAUGAUUUAGCUUGUCAAUGUGAUCUGAGUUAGAUUUGCCUCUGUAAUAAUAAGUGUGUGCACCUGUCUUCAUGGCAAAACGUGCCUUGGUAAAAGCUCUUUAUCCAUGCCGUACUGUCUGAAGACUUCUUGAUUUGGAAGGGGGGCAGGUUGAACAUGUAAAGCCCGGUUCAUACUUCACGCAAAAGCGAAGCGAAUUUCAUAACGUCUAUUAUUAAAGUUCCACUGUGAUGUGUGCUGUUUCCUGACAAAUUCACUUUGUAUUUGCUUUUGUCUGCAGUAUGAACCGACGUUAGGGCGAGCAUGUACACCAGUGUUGUGAUCGGUGACUCUAUCUGAAAUUAGAAAUAAAUGAUUGAAAUUGUGUAAUUUUUCUAAUUGGUUUUCAUUCGUCAGGUUGAAUGAAUUCGUGUGAAUCGGAAUACUGCCACACAAUGGCAAUUGUACAUUUUUUUGUAGAGAAGAACGAGCCAAUGAAUUUAGUGAAAUUUUCAGUGAUUAUUUGCUUAUUUUGCUUCCUAAGUGGAGGAAAACUAAUCCAGAUCAUAUUAAUCAGUAGCUUUUGUCAGAGUAUUUCUUUGUGUAGUGUAUACAAGGACAUGUUGGAAUUGAGGUGUUUUUAAUUUAAUGAGCAUCUGGAAUAUCCUAUUUCUCUUGUUACCCCAUCCAUGUAUUUCUUUGCACACUAAUAUGGUCAUAUCCUUGACUUUUCCACUGUGUGGAAUUAUCCGCAGCUGGUUGUUGAUAUACGUGUAAUUUAACUCUUGUAGUGUAGCCCACCACAAGUCUCAUUGCUAGUCAGUUCACAGGUAACUACCAGUACAUUUGCCCAAGGUUAGAAAGGAAUGCCUUUGUCAUAGCGUAAGGCUUUAUAGUCAAUUCCACCAUAAGUCCAGUCACAAGACCAGUCAGCAACUGCUGCAGUUUCACUUCAGUUGAAUAUUUGUAGUUUGUGGCUUGGCUUGGAAAUGACCCCGACAAAUUUCCAGGGAUUUGCUAGUACCUGGGGUGGAUUUCACUGCAGCCAUAUCACAGUUCAUUGGAAUUACUUCUGACUUGUUGAGGGAUUGGUUAUGGAAUAAGCCACUUCUUCAUCAAGUUUUGCUUCGCUCGUAUAACAAACUGAGCUUUGAAAGAGCUGGUGUGUGGUAUUUCAACAGCUCAUGCUCAAAAUGAUGUCCGUCAGUGGUCAAUUUGAAAAUAUCAGCAUGUGCAGAAGAGGCUGGCUGUCUUGUGUGGUCGUGUGGCAACUCACAUUCACCGAACCUGGUCAAGCCAGCAUGAUGUCAGGUUGUUAAUUCUCGAAUGAUAUUCCUUGUUUAAAUACCAAACCGGCUCAUUCAGGGCCACUUUUUGCACAGUCAUGUAAAGACAGCUGCAGCGAACCACUGCACUAUUUGGAAGCACAUGGCUAAGUGGUUCUUAGAGUAAGUAACUCCUGAACAUAGGGUCAUCAGAGGUUCAAAUCCAACAGCUGAUAUCUUGUGAUGUUGGACAAGUCACUUUACUGUCUCUCCAUAAAUUUAUGUCUCUCCAUAAAUCUGUACCUGUGAGGGUGCAGAGAGGGUUACUGUGUUUGGAUAACCGUUUUGGCUUGUGGAAAGCUUGCGGUAGCACCAUGCAAGGAUACGAUCUCUUUUGUGAGUCUGUAUGGUUCUGAAAAGAACCGUGAGGAAAAGCACCGUGAGGAACUCAACGUUUCGGACAGGAGACUCCGUCUGUCAGGAGACUCCUUUCCACCUUAGUUGUCUGUCAUCCUGAAUAGCUUGAAAUCCCAUUUUGGCUUGAAAUGGCAGCUGUGGGGUGUAUACUCCCUGGGGAGUUGAUGUGGUGUUAGGAAUGUUUAUGGGCCAUUGGACACCAGUAUAAAAGGUGUAUAUGUAUGCUAUACCAGGUGUCUUGCAAAAGGAAACCAAGAUUUAUUUAUCUGUUUCUUGAAUGUGACUAAUUAUUUUUAUAAAUGGUAAACGUAAUCUGCUUCAGUAUGCAUUUUCUUUCAUAUGACAAAGAAAUCCACAUUUCCAUCACACAUGACUGAGCACAAAGUGGUUUAACGGACCGUGUCAGAAAUGGCUUUGCACCAGAUGCAUCAUAGGUUUGCACAGCGUCAAGCAUUAAGUAAACUACCAAAAUCAUUAAUUCAAAGACAACCACAGUUGGGGGGGGGCUUAUUCUUGCCACAGCUUUACCCCAGUGUCCUUCAACAUGGCCCCCAUUCCUUUCAAUGCAAUGUUUUGCCCUUUGAGUGUUCUCAUUGCUUUUAAGUGGUUAACAUGCAUUUUGGAGAUUUUAGCAAACAUAACGUAAUUCUGACAAAAGCCAUCUCUGCACAGUACAAACUCAACAUCAAAACGGCUGUUUGGUUCAAAAUUUGGAUUUCUUGGUGUCGUACGAAAGAGGACAUCAUUGUGAAGCUGAUGAUGGUUACCAUUUAACCAAAUUAAUUAGUUAAUUCAAGAAACAACAUCUCGCUUUCUUUUUUUCAUGACACCUGUACCCAUUAUUUGUUAAAACUUUCCUGAAAUGGGUGUUACUACAUAUAUGUAGCUGCUCCCAAAAAUCUUGGCUACGGCUGACAUUAUGCACAGUGUCUAUGGGAAAUGGAGGCAGCCAGUAGAUAGUGGAUCCCAUAGGUAUAUGUUAUUGCUAGCUGGCUACCGCCACUACUUUUGGAUGCACCCAUGCUUAGUCUGAGGAUUUCAAAUUUGAAUGCUCAAGAAUACUAAAAAAAAAAAUCAGGAUACUAUAUACUCUUCAGAUCUUCAUUAACAUACUACCAUUCAAAAGCAUUGUCCAGUCACUGCAUCUAUUGAAUAUUACAUGAUAUUCCAAGCCUUGGACAAUCAAACAAUUCCAAAUGUACAAUCUGCAUAUGUAUCUAUUUGGCCUGUUUGUUCAUUGAUAAGCAAUAUUGAUUUUGAAUGCAUUGAAUCCAUUGUACACCACUAGUAGCGUGUAUUGCAUAUCCCACAUGCAAGUACACGAUACAGCUCAUGUUCCCAGUUGUCUGGGGAGCUUGGCAAACUUGCCAAAUGGCCAGAGUUCAAUAAAUAACCUGGCACCCCUAAUUAAGCCAUGACUUCUGUGGCAUCAUGGGGGCUGGAGGACCCUUCUUUGGAGGGGUUUGUGGUCUCACUGGGGUUGGAGGACCCCUCCUUGAAGGGGUUCAUGGUCUCAUGGGGCCUUGAGGACUCCUCCUCGAAGGGUUUUUCCUUUCUGAAAAAAAGAAAGAUACAAUAUUCACCUACAUCCUAAACUACUGGCUCUGAAAUAGCUGUAAAUAAACCCCAGUCCCCAGUGGUGCAACUGGGGACAGUGGGAGAGGGGGAGGGCUUGAGUAUCAGCUAUUUGGGGGUUAAAUGCUGGUCCAAGCACCCCACCCCUUCCCGACAAAUCCUGGGUGCAUCGUGUGGUAGGAGUGCAUUGAAUGCCUUGUUGUCCAAUGGGGUGUUGUGACUCAAAUUGCAUGCUUGCGUCAAGGUUAAAACUGCACUUGUGAGUUGCACCACCGAAGUAAUGGUGUCUCUUUAAAUCAGUCUGUUAUGAAGAUCAAACUUGAAUACGACUCUGACAGUUAAAUAACUGUGGCAGUUAACAUGUCUUGUGAAAAAUAACGAUUUGUUCAUACUUUUUUAUUUUGAUGCCAAUAAUUACCUCUAAUUACCUCCAAGAUGGAGUUGUUCCGAAUAAAUACAUAAAUAUUAAUAUAUUACUGUGUGUCAAGUUUGCUUGAAGAUAAAUUCAUUAUCAUGCUCGUGCUCGUGAAACACAGAAUAAUGUAGUGCAUCUGUCCCGUAUACUUCGGCCAAGUGAUGUACAGGACACAGACCCUUGACAUUAUUCCGUGUUCCACUCGCACACAGUGAUAGCUAAUAAUAUUCAGUUGUGUAAAUGUAAAUAUAUACAUGUAAAAGAAACUUGUAAUACUGAUAUUGUAUCCAAUUGAGAAAUACAGCAAAACAAUGCUGUAAUUGGUUUUGUUUGUUUAAUUUAUUAAUUUAUUACUGACUACGUGUAGUUCCCUGAGUCAAGUGUGUACAUUACAAUUUGACAGUUUUUACUCUGUAAUGAAACAUCACCUAUACAAUCAGUAUAAUGGAGAGUAUCAAAUUAGUUUAGAAGGGGAAAAUGUGAAGCUUGAAGUACAAAAUUUCCCAAUUUCCAGAUUUGCUCUAGUAUAGUUUGUGUGUCAGCUGAUGCACUGGUAGUGAAUUUAUUCUUUUUCUCUGUGUUCAAAAUGCAGAUAUGAUUAUUGGCCCCCUCAGCAACUUGUGUUUCAUCCUAAAGUGAAGAGGACCAGAUUUCAAUGUGCCCUGAAAUUUCAAACUUGCACAUUGAAAAGGGAAAACAUCAAUUCAAGCCCUAAAGCAAACAGAAGGGGCAGUUAAUCGAUGGGAGUGGGGCUGGGUGGGAUGAAGAGUUACAAUAAACCACCCUCGGAGUAUCUGGGAAUAA